UUCAAUGCUUGGAGAUAUGUUUAGUUCUAAAGAAUGUUCAAUCAAAACACAAUUCUGGUAUUUCAUGAUAGUAAAAAAAAUCCUGCAAGUCCCAGCAUUCCUAUGUUAAAUUAUAUUGAAUAUACAAGCAUUACAGUGCAUGGUGAAAGCAGCAGCAAGCCAGAGGGUUUCAUCUUUUGAGUCAUAACAACCCACAUCUCCACAAAGCAGCUUCAGUCAUAUUAGAGAGGACGGAAACAGUUCGGAGCAGAAGGCAAUGGAUAUCUACAGACUCCACCCAAAAUGGAUUUUUUUUUUGUACAUCGUAGAUGCAGAACUGUCAAAUACAGGGGCUGACGUUACUAUUCUCAGACACGUGACUUUGUUUGUUUCUUAUAACUAGUUAAAGUCAAUGGGGGAAGCUUAUUCAUCACUGAACUGUUGUUAUACUCUUGGUUAUCUGUUGUGUCUCCUGAGAGACAGAACAUGGAUGUCUUUACAACCUCAGACUAUGAAAGUGAUGCUUUUAAUUUCACAGAUUUUACAGACUUGACAACUGAUACUGAUGACUAUGAAUCGGACCUGGGUGGAUUAUGUAACAAAGAGUUGGUGCGACAGUUCAGUAAGACCUUCGAGCCCCCUCUCUACUGGAUCAUCUUUGUUGUGGGGGCUUUGGGCAACUUACUUGUUGUCUGCAUCUUCACAACUGUGCGUAACCGCCUCAAGACCAUGACUGAUGUGUACCUGCUGAAUCUGGCAGUGGCUGAUCUUCUGUUCCUAGGCACAUUGCCCUUCUGGGCAACAAAUGCUGCUCAGGGCUGGGUGUUCAACCAGGCCAUUUGCAAAGGAGUUUCUGCGGUCUACAAGAUCAACUUCUUCGCUAGCAUGCUCUUACUCACCUGCAUUAGUGUGGACCGCUACAUUGCUAUUGUUCAUGUAACCGAAGCACACAACUACAAAAACAAACGAAUGCUGUAUAGUAAGAUAACUUGUGUUUUUGUGUGGCUUGCCUCUUGCCUCUUAGCUCUACCAGAAUUUCUCUUCGCUAAAGUAAAAAACAUUGACUCCCAGAGCACUUCCUGUGUCAUGGUGUACUCGAUCACAGACAACAAUCGUACCAAAGUCUUGGUGUUAGCUUUACAGAUCUGUGUCGGCUUCCUACUUCCAUUGCUUGUCAUUGUGUUGUGUUACUCAGUCAUUAUUCGUAAACUCAUGCAGGCUCGAAGCUUUGAAAAACACAAGGCUCUAAGGGUCAUUUUUGCAGUUGUGGCCACUUUUAUUCUCUCACAGUUGCCAUUCAAUGGAUAUCUGAUUAUAGAAGCAGGCCAAGCCAACAAUGCCACAAUAACGAACUGUGAAGUCAUGCAAAGCUUAGAUAUGGCUGGACAAAUAGUGAAGUGUCUUGCCUACACACACUGUUGUCUGAAUCCCAUCCUUUACGUAUUUAUUGGCGUUCGCUUUCGGAAGGAUCUUUUCAGCCUGCUUCAGCGCAUGUCCUGUGGCCUGGGACUGGUCGACAACAGCAAACUGCAACAAGUUCCCAAGAGGCCCUCUGUUAUGUCUGACACCGACACCACCCCUGUUUUUUCUUUAUAGACCAGCCUACAGUAUUGACAACCUUUUAAAAAACUUUGUCUACAUCUUCAGAGUGUGUCAUUUUUAGAGUUAUAGGUCCAUAUAACUGCAAAUAUUUUUGGGCAAGGCCUUUGAAAUGUGCUUUAUGAUAGUAUUAUUCAUUUAUAGUUCUCUGGCAGUACAUGAUGGGAGAUUGUGAAGAUUUUUAAGCAUUUAACCACCAUUUUGAGAAGGAUGAUUCCAGUUAGAGCAGUGUAAUGUAUGCUGUAGGUACUAUUAUGAUUUUCAUACUUUUCUAGUAAACAUGUUGCAAAAAUAUUGUAAAGUGUAAAUAGAUUUUGUGAAUAUGUUAAGUGUAAUGGAUUUAAUUUUGUAUUAUAAAAUAAAGUAAA